AGCAGCAGCAGCAGCAGCAGCAGCAGAAAAUGCCGCAAAUACCGCCCGACGGCCUGCUAAUAUAUGGCAGCGGCCUCGUCUUUGGUGGCAAUGUUUAUCCGGUUUGGAUGGUGGAUGGUGUGCCCAUGCAGGCGGCCGCCGGUGCUCAACAGGCUGGCCAACAAGGCCAAUCCAUGGCCCAGAAACCAGUCAAAGCUCCUGGCCAACAACUGCAGAAACAGCAGCAGACUGGACCGAGCAGCAUGUCCCCCCCCCGCAGCAUUCAGAAUCCUCCAGACCAAAAACACGAGCGCGACUACAGUACCAGCCGCCACGGAACUCCGAGCCCGGUGGUUUUCCACUGCAAUGCCCUGCACCAGCCAAUCCACCCAACAUUCCUGCAUGCAACAGCAGGGGGCCACAACAGCAGCAUCAACUCCAAUCAGCCAUGGGCGUGCAUUACGACUACGGAUACACGACCCAGGGCAGCGAUAUAGAGGGCUGGAGCGGGUAUGUCAUGAUGUCGCCAGCGGAUGCAAAUAAACCGUACUCAUUUGGCUGGAGCGCCACGGACUGGGG